AUGGAGACGUCAGCUGCAGGGCCUAUUUAUAGCACUGUAGCAAUAUCAAGAAGGGAACUAUACGACAUCUUAACAAAUUCUGGUCAGAGUAAAAUUAAUGAUCAAUUCAAAAUUUUAAUAAGUUAUCUUAAAGAACGCACAGGCUGUCCUGAUACAAAUUUGAAGGAUAUAAACAGCAAAACAUACCACUUUAAAUCAGAAUUUAAGUCUAGAUGGUUGAAUGUAGGUAAAUCUAGGAAUAGAGCUAAGUUUCGCCACACAGAUGAGUUUAAGGGCAUCAGGAAAUACAGAGGCUUCCAAAUUAUUAAAAGACAUAAUUCAACAUCUCCGAAACGGGCGAGCAAAUAUAGAAAAGCCUACAAAACUUCAAUUGAGAAAGAGCCACGUCAGAUGUCAGGUGAAGAUGCCCUGGCUUUACUAGUAGACGCUAAGUUGUCUAGGCACCAAUACAGCUUGAUAAGACAGUCUAAUCCGGGCAGAUUUCCUUCAUAUAAAAUAUUACAAGCUGAGAAAACAAAAUGUUACCCAAAUAAUAUUAAAGUAAGUAAGACCUUCGCGAAAGUCUUGUUACAGGACCUUUUUAAUCAUACUGUGGAACGUUUAAUAAGUGUGCAGGAGAGCGUAAUAUCAUCAUUAAAUAACGAACAAGUAGAAAAACUACAGUUGAUGACAAAGUGGGGCUUUCAUGGCAGCUCAGGACAUAGUUCCUAUAAGCAGGCGUUCCAUGGAUUCCAAGCGAGUGAUUCAUCUGUAUUUAUAACUUCCAUCGUACCACUUCGUUUAGUAUGUAACCCAGAUAGCAAUAACUCGAAAAUAGUUUGGCAGAAUCCUCGCCCGUCUUCUACGAGAUACUGCAGACCUCUAAAAAUUGCUUUCAUAAAGGAAUCAUCAGAAGUUUCGGUCGCAGAAAAAAAUCGUGUAGAUACUGAAAUACAGCAGUUGCAGAACAGUAAAUUAAACUCAAACAGUAGAUCUAUUUCAGUCAGUCACAAUAUGAUUUUUGCAAUGAUAGAUGGCAAGAUUUGCAAUGCUCUCACAGAAACAACAUCUACACAGACGUGUUACAUUUGCGGAGCAACGACAAAAGAUUUUAAUGAUAUUGACAAAAUGAUUAAUAGAAAAAUAACAACACAAAACUUACAAUUUGGAAUAUCUAUCCUACAUGGUUGGAUACGUUUUUUGAGUGUCUCCAUAUUUCCUAUAAACUCCCAAUUAAAAAGUGGCAAGCGAGAGGUGAAGAUAAGGUUAUAG